AUGAAAACACCAACAACCCGAACUUCCUCUUCCAACACCAACCAAGCUAAAAGCGGCUUCAAAAACGUUGAUAAGGCUUUGUAUGAAAAUGACUUUCCCUCAGGCCCAACCCUAACCUCAACAUCAAAUAGGAAGCCAACAGGAACGCCCCAUAAGUACAACACCAAUUCAGCAGGUACUAAUGCUUCUCCAUCCCUUAAUAUUGUAGCGCUACUUGACAAUCAAGCGAGAGAAGUUGGAUUUGCAGUCUUCAACCUCAGAACAAAUUCAAUCAGGUUAACUCAGUACAAUGAAGGCUCCAGUUACAUUAACACCUGCAAUAUGUUGAAGGUGUAUGAGCCAGCGGAAGUACUGUUUCCAAAAACAUUAUACGAUGCCAAGUUGUCCUCUGUGGUAAAGCAAGAGCUUGAGAGCAACGGCGAAGGAGGCUCUAGCAAGGCCAAAAUAACGUUCAUUGCAAGAAAGCUUUUCAAUGAAAAUAAGGGAAAUGAAUACAUCAACACCUUACUCAUGGAUCACGAAAAUUCAUCAAUCCAGUCAGACAUCGUAUCCAAAUAUCUGAGCGUUAGUGCUUUGUCUGCUGUGGUUCAGUAUAUUGAGUAUGUUCAAGAGAUUACCUUUCAACCACGAAGUCUCAGAAUUUCGUACGUUGCAUGUGACGGACAUCUCAUGAUUGAUUCCUCGAGUAUUUCAUCUCUUGAAUUAGUGAGAAGUUUGAAGUACGGGAAUGGAGUUUCCACAUUGCUAUCGCAUCUCGACUACACUAAAACUCCAAUGGGUAAACGUAUGUUAAGGACUAAUUUGUUGCAGCCACUGUUGGAUACCUCAUCUUUAAAUGCGAGAUUAGACACAGUGGACGAGUUAUUGGCAAACGAAAAGGAGUUUUUUGAAGUCGGUGCGCUUCUUUCAGACUUCAAUAUUGAUAUUGCCCAUUUACUCACCCAAUUUACUCACACCAAACGAUCCAACUCCACCAGAUGUUCUCAUUCAACAGUGCUUAACAUUAUUUGCUUAAGAAAAAUAAUUGAAAAAGUUCCUCUUCUCGAAGAAAAGCUCAAGUCAUACAAUACUCCAAUUUUGAAAGCGAUAUCUCAAUCGCUAGAGUAUCAGGAAUUUGCAAGUCUCAAGCAAAGCAUUGAUGAGAUUAUUAAUGAAAAAGGUGUUGUAAACAGCAAAAACAAGCAACAACAAGUAAUAUUUUCCGUGGCUGCUGAUGUGGAUGCUUUGUUGGACAUUGGAAGAAAGAAAUAUAUUGAAACUAUAGAAGAAAUACAGGGUCACCACAAGUAUUGUCAGGCAGAAACCGGGGUGUCUUCUCUCAAGCUUAGAUAUAAUGUAAGAAGAGGAUAUCACUUCACUUUUGAGGAUAAUGUUCGUUUGUCACAUGAGGCUCAAAAGUUAUUAAUUCAAAGGCUCAAGAAAGGCAAGACUGUUCAUUGCUCUACUGAAGAGUUAAACUCUCUGAACGUGCGCAUGAAAGAAAUUCUUGACGAAAUAUUUCUCAUGACUGAAAUGGUGGUUAGCAGACUAGCAGAAAUGAUCAAGACCCACAUCAGUGACCUGUACAAAUUAGGCGAGUCUAUUGGUCUUCUCGAUAUGUUAUUCUCCUUUGCUACUCUUGUAACGUUAAAUAGCAACUAUACAAGACCACAAUUUUGCACUGAAGGGCCAACAGCUAUCAAGCAAGGAAGACAUCCUGUAAUGGAAAAGAAUUUAAAUGGAGAAUAUGUGGCAAACGACACAUAUUUGUCAGAAUCCAGUAAUUUUCAUAUCAUAACAGGAGCUAACAUGUCAGGUAAAUCUACUUACCUGAAACAGGUAGCCUGUAUCCAAAUUAUCAGUCAAAUAGGAAGUUAUGUACCAUGUAGUUAUUGCAAUAUUAGAAUUGCUGAUAGAAUUUUUACCAGAAUAGGUAAUAAUGAUAAUAUCGAAAAUAAUAGUAGCACCUUCAUGGUUGAAAUGGUAAGUUUGCUGAGAAGUGUUUACGACUUACCGGAUAUAAUCGAAAAGAAAGAGGUCGCUAACAUUGUUCAAAAUGUCACAAACAAAAGCUUAAUAAUAAUCGAUGAGCUCGGAAGAAGCUCCAGCAAUAUUGAAGGAACUGCCAUCGCGUGGAGUAUUGCAGAACAUCUGAGCGCACUACGCGCGUACUCACUCUUUGCUACACAUUACACUGAAAUGAGUGAUUUGGAGGAUUUAUACCCCAACAUUAAAAAUUCUCACCUUAGAGUGACAACAACCCAAGAUGGAGAGUUGAACUAUCUCUAUCAGUUACAACCUGGAAGCUGCUCAGAAGAUAGAUAUGGUAUUAAGUUAGCAAAAAUGUUGGGCAUAAAUUCUACAAUCAUCAAUGAAAGUGAGAUCAUUUUGGAAGAGCUCAUAAAGAAAAAGCAAAAGCCGCAACAUGAUGACCAAAGCAACAAGGAGUGGAAAUUAGUGUUUGGUAUUGCAUCAAAGUUAAUUGCUCAUUCUGACUCUGAAUAUGAAUUGUUCAAAGACACUGUGGUCAAACUUAAACAAGCCCUCUAUUAG